AUGGAGCAUCACUAUAGGAUUGAUGUGUUUUUGGCAACGGUUGAUUCUCAAAUACUUGAAAUGAAGAAUAGGUUUAAGGAAGAUGUAAUAGAGUUGCUUAUUCUAAGUUCAACAUUGCACCCCAAAGAUAAUUUUCAGGCUUUCAAUAGUGAACAAAUUUGUCAACUUGCAAACAACUUUUAUUCAGUUGACUUCACAGAUCAAGAGAAGUUACACUUAAGAACUCAAUUAGAGCUUUUCCAGAUUGAGUUUUCCUGUAAUUCUCAGCUUCAAAAUUUGUCAUCACUUCAGGAGUUGUGCCAAGUGUUAGCAAAGACAAGAAAGUCAAUGUACUAUACUCUUAUUGAUAGAUUGAUUCGUCUUAUUUUGACUCUUCCUGUUUCAACAGCUACAACAGAGCGUGCAUUUUCUGCUAUGAAAAUCAUCAAGACUUGUUUGCGUUCUAGGAUGGAGGAAGACUUUCUUGCUAACUCUAUGAUAAUGUAUAUUGAGAAAGAAAUUGCUAGAACUUUUGAUAUAAAUUCAAUCAUUGAUGACUUUGAUAAAAUUAAAAGUCGUCAUGCACAAUUUCAUAUGUCCCACACAGUCAAAUAG